AUAUUAGUCAAGCAAAAAAAUUAUAUAAAUAUAUUUUCUAAAUUAUUUCUAAGAUAUUAGUGUUUUAAAAAAAAUUAACACAAUAGUAAGUAUAUAUUUUGAUAAAAAAAAUAUUUGACAUAUAUAAAUACUUUGAUGUUUGAUUUAACUAUUUAAAACCAACAUAAUAAGUUAAAAGAUAAACUAAUAAGUAUUCAUAAGAAGUUUAUGCCCGCAUGUGCGGGCAAAACACCUAGUAGACAUAUAUAAACUCUAUGAGAAACUUAAUUAUAAUAAUUGUUUAAUAUUAUUUAUUUAUUUGUUUGUUUCAGUCAUUACAAUAAACAAAACAAUAAUACUCUUUAUCUUCUUACAUAAUAAAACAGGGUUUUUUCUCACCUCUUUGCGCCACGUCAGCACAGAGGGAGGGGCAAAUCCCGACACGUGUUGCCAUACCAAAGCCUCUGCGAUUUGUUUACUUCAGCUGUUCUGUAAUUGAGUGUUUGAGAGCUGGGCUUUUAUUAAAAUGAAUAGGUUAGGCCCGUACCUUUAGCCGAUUUAGAGACUCAAUUGAUAUUAAGGUUCGUCGUCGUCUUCCUCUUUCACAUGCGACCUCCGCGUCGAUCCGAAAUCUGUAACGUCUCCCCGAGGCAGGAUGACUUUUUGGUUAUCUUGAUAAAGUAUCUGAAUACAAUAAGCUCCAUGUAACCAGGUCUGAUCCUUGAUCAAAACUCCUGAUUGUUAUUAUAUUAAUUCCAUUAUCAACUUUCGUUCCUAUCACGAAACCAACGAAAAGGUUUCAAUCGCAAUCAUCGCCACCAUGACUGUGCUAUCAUCUACAGAUCGAGAUAACGCUGAGAAGAAGGUGAAGAGUUCGUAUUUUGAUUUGCCGGCUAUGAACGUAUUCGUUGCAUUUCCUCAAGCAACUCCAGCCUCUAAGUUCCCAACGUGCACUUCAGACUAUUAUCAUUUCAGUGAACUAUUGACUCCAGAGGAGCAGGCUGUGCGGAAGAGAGUGAGGGAGUUCAUGGAGAAAGAAGUUGCCCCCAUUAUGACAGAGGCAGAGUUUCCGUUCCAUAUCAUUCCAAAGCUUGGAGCUUUAGGUGUUGUUGGUGGCUCUAUUAAGGGUUAUGGCUGUCCUGGCCACAUCACAGCCAAUGCCAUUGCAACAGCAGAGAUAUCUAGAGUUGAUGCAAGCUGUGGGACUUUUAAUUUGGUCCUUAGCUUGGAGAAGGUUCCAUCUCAAGACAUAGACUGAUAUUCAAUUAAUGAUCCCACAUCAAUCAGCUAAAGACCUGCAUGUAUAUCUUCAUUAUCUCAUUUGUUAUUAUAACAGAUUGUGGAUUUCCUUGGCACUGGAGAAGUUGUUAGAAUUAAAACUCCUAAUGGGUGGUGCCUGCCCGUGGAUUCUCUUCCUUCACAUGUUCAUUGUGCCAUAACGCCAGCGCAGUUGGGGGAUCUCAGUUUAUCAAACUUUAGGUUCUAAACUCACCACUACCAAACAAUAUCAACACUGUUACGCAGGUACCUAAGGAUGUCUGCACCGUCAAGAAGCCUCACAAUGGUUAGCUUCACAUCAUUGGGAGUGUCCAAGCCUAAUGCCCAUUCAUGCUCCUUUUGUUUCUAAUUUUCUUCUAAGUUUGAAUAACAUGUUUAGCAAGUCCCUUCCUCUCUGAAUUUUUUUGUGUGCUCAACUUUUCGGAAUAUUUUCUAUGUUUAAUCUUCUCAAAAUUUUCAUUUUGCUUUGCUUGGUCACUUAAAAGUCCACCCAAUCUUAAUUUAUAAAAAAACAUAAUUAUGAAAUCUCAGUAUAUCUUUCAUUUUAGGCCAAAAAACAUGCUGCAUUGUUAUUUUUCAAAUGACAAACAGAUGCUGAGUUUGCAAACGAACUUGAGGAAAGGAUGGGCCCCAGUAAGAUCAUAAGAACGAAAACCUGACUUAAAUUUCUUACCGAUUAAACAAAAAUAAGUUUUUUUCUAAACCUAACAAAAAUAAGUUAAAUUAGCGGAAGCUUCAUUAUAUGAUUCAAUUGGUUUAAAAAGUAAGCAUCCUAAGAAAACUUUAAAAUAAAUAAUACAAAUAUCGUUUCUUAAUUAAAAAAUAAGAAUCCUGAUCAAAUUAUAAAUAAUAGUUAUAUUAUUAAUAAAAUGAAACGUCAAUAUUAAAAAUAACACCCGAAGACAAUAACAUAACUGAUGAUCUUGAAGUUACUCUUACGAUCACAUAUUACAACCAAAACGCGACUGCAAGACUUGACGUUGACCUUAUCAUCACCGAUCUUGAGUGAACUAAUAGGCCUCCAACUAUAGAAGAAGAAAAUGAUGCAUGCAUUGUAUGUUUCGAAAAUUACAACAAUGGUACCUAUCUAUGCUCUCUUACUUGCAGUCAUACUUUCUAUUUCCGCUGCAUUGAUUAAUGGCUUCGUACAAACAUAAGUUGUCCCAUAUGUAAAAAAGUCAUCUAUGAUUCAACAUUAUUACAAUUGAUAAAGAAGUCUCUUAUGUUCUAAUUUUCAGUUUCAUUAAUAUACUGUUUUGGAUAUUUGUAUUAAUUUUUAAACAAAACAUAUAAAUGUUUUUUCCUCAUUUCCUAAUAUUUUCCAUUGCUAGAAUUGGUUUCUUACCCAAAAAAAAAAGAAGAAGAAUAUAUGAACAAAAAUUUAUUACACAUGUAUAAAUUCAGAUUAAUCUCUAAAAUAAAAUUUCAAAUGUCGUUCUUUCUAUAUACUGUCCACGAUCACUUAUGCUAUUCCAUUUGAACAAAGCUAUUUCAAAACAAAGGAAUAUAAUACAGUCGCUAAUUAAUCACUAUCAAAUGCAUCAUUUUUUUGACGUAUUUUCAUUUUCAUUUUCAUUUCUGUGAAUAUACUUCUUUUAUUAAGACCAUAAAAUGAAUUGUAAAUUCACGUAAGAACAAAACAUAUGAACCCGGCGCGUAGCGCCGGAAUACCACUAGUUUAUUUAUAUGUUUGAGUCAUUAAACAUAAAUAACUAGAGCAUAUUAAAUGGUAGUACAUAUUGAUAAAAUUAGAAAAUGAUCUAAAUAUACUAUACUAAGUCUAUCUAAAUUAACAAAUAGUAUAGACUAACUUUAAUUCACAAGACCUGGAUGUGAUUGUGGUUACAGAGGAAGCAGCGGUGGUACAGACAAAAGUUAUAAUGGCGAUAGUGGUUACCGCAACGGCGCUGGAAGUGAACAUAACGGAGUUUGGUGAUGAUUAUGAAGGAAGCGGAGAUGGAUUUGAAAUACAAUGUACACAUUACAGAUCUGAUAGUGAUGGUCGUGGUAGCCGUGGUUGUGAUGACUAUGGUGGUAGUUGUUACGGUAGUGAUGGUUUUGGCUUCAAGACGGUGAUCUUUGUUACGGAGUUUUUUUUUUUGUCAACGAAAAAAAAAAAAAAAAAAAAAACUCCGUAACAAA